AGCCCACGUGUGACGCGCGCGUUCCCGGCUCAGUGCGAUUCGCUUUGCGCGGCGCUCCGGGCUCCGUUCGCUCAGUGACUGCGCGCCUUAGACUUUUUUUGCUGCCUGCGUGUGUGUGUGUGUGGUGGUUUUGUUUUUUUUUUUAAGUCGGGUUUGCGAUGGAAGGAGACGGGAGCCAAGCCACGUCCGGGAGUCCGACCGAUUCGCAACACGACCCAGGUAAAAUGUUUAUCGGUGGCCUCAGCUGGCAAACUUCACCAGACAGCCUUAGAGACUAUUUUAGUAAAUUUGGAGAAAUCCGAGAAUGUAUGGUGAUGAGGGAUCCCACGACCAAGCGCUCCAGGGGAUUUGGGUUUGUUACGUUCUCCGAUGCGGCCAGUGUAGAUAAAGUUUUAGGUCAACCUCACCACGAAUUAGACUCAAAGACGAUUGACCCUAAAGUUGCCUUCCCGAGACGUGCUCAACCCAAGAUGGUCACAAGAACAAAGAAAAUAUUUGUAGGCGGAUUAUCAGCUAACACAGUAGUCGAAGAUGUGAAGCAGUAUUUCGAACAGUUUGGCAAGGUAGAGGACGCCAUGCUUAUGUUUGAUAAAACUACAAAUAGACAUAGAGGAUUUGGCUUUGUAACUUUCGAGAAUGAGGAUGUGGUGGAGAAAGUCUGUGAGAUUCAUUUUCAUGAAAUCAAUAAUAAAAUGGUAGAAUGUAAGAAAGCUCAACCCAAGGAGGUGAUGUUUCCCCCUGGGACACGAGGGCGAGCCAGGGGUCUACCCUACACCAUGGAUGCCUUCAUGCUAGGAAUGGGAAUGCUGAGUUACCCAAACAUUGUAGCAACGUAUGGCCGUGGAUACACUGGCUUCGCCCCGAGCUACAGCUACCAAUUCCCUGGCUUUCCCGCGGCGGCGUACGGUCCGAUGGCAGCGGCGGCAGUGGCAGCAGCACGUGGUUCAGGUAGGGGGGCCGGUGGAAGAGGCGGCUACGCAGAAUAUCUGCACAGCACAGGGCCAGGCUUCCCCGAUUACAGUUUCUAUUCCACGACAAGUGACCAACGGGGGCCCCCCUUCUCCUUUGCGGACUAUGGCUCCCUAGGCCCGCAGGCGGCUCAGCUGCUUCAAAGCGAGCAUGCCACCUCGGCCUGCAACUCCCCCCUGCAGCACCUGCCCAGCCCGGAUCAGUAUAAGAGCCCAGGCACCAACCCUCCACGGCCUGGAACUUUUCCUGGAGCGAGCAGUCCAGGACCCGUAGCUGACCUGUAUGGCCCCACCAGCCAGGACUCUGGCGUGGGCAAUUACAUAAGUGCUGCUAGCCCUCAACCUGGCUCCGGCUUUGGCCACAGUAUUGCUGGUCCUUUGAUUGCGACAGCUUUUACAAAUGGAUACCAUUGAAACCUAACAGGUGGUUGGUUGCCAUCUCAAUUGAGCAGAGUUUAUCGGGAGGUCCGGGGAAGACAGGCCGCAGUUUCUAACUGGUUUUGUGUACAGGUAACGGCCAUACAACUCCAAGCACUACAGCGUGGAACAGACAAGGAUGAGCUGAGAUGGCAGGAUGUGAAGAACAAAAGAAUUGUCUGAAUCAUCUUGGGAAAAAAAUUAAAAACAAACACAACAUUAAUCUGCUGUACAAUAAUGAAAACCUGGCUUUUGGAUUUUUGUUUUUCUCCUAAUGUAUCCCCAUGAUGUAGGAUGAUGUUGUCGUUUUGUCCUUUUCCACCUCUUUUCCCCAUUUUUUUUUCUUUACAUCUUUUAUUAUAUUGUCUGAAGCAGCCUUUGAGGUUGAUUAGUUUUGAAAUAUUUUCAUUCUAUACUAUGUUCUCUGAUAUGAAGAACUAUGUAAAUGUACAUUCUGUCUCUCUCGCUCUUUUUAGUGUAUUUACAUCACUAUAGUUGCCUCUCCACUGUUAGCUGUUUGUAAUAAGACCUAAUGUCUCAUGUUUUCAGAUUUCAUUUCAUUUAAGCAAGAAUACUGAAGGACUUAACUUCAAAAAUCAUAAAUUUUCAACCUUUAAAAGAGCAACAAGAGGGUAACUAACAAAUCUAAGUAGCUCUGUUAUUCGUUUCGUGUGAUGUCUUGUUAUCAUUAUUAUCUAUUUUGGGCAAUAAGAGGACUACAAUAUUUUCACAGUCCUUUUUUAUAAAUUUAUUUUUCGUUGUUGUCGUUGUUGUCGAUAAAAAAAUACAUUUCCUUUUAAUACUUUGUGAAAUGAGAUUUAAAAAAGAAAAAAAACGUUCUGAAAUCUGUAAAUAUUACUUAUUACUACAUCAAACCAUUUCAGAGAGAACCAUAUUUUUGUGAUGGUGUUCUAGAGGUCGUACUGUGCUCAAACUGAAAUAUCUUUAAAAGAAGAAAAAAUGGAAAAGAAAAAAAAAAGAUCUUUGAGGCUCGGUGCAGUAACUGAAAACCAUUUGUAGCACAAAAGCCGUGAGAACCCGACUGCAGACACAAGCCCAAUACAACACUGUUAGCUCGCUCUGUAAAUACUGUUGGCUUUCUAACUGUGCAGGUAGCGAACCAGCAUAUUGACUAGAUUGUGAGAUGAGAGACGCACAGCUUUCACAGAGAAAAUACUCUGCAGCAUACACACAAAUCAGCAUUGUAUAAACGAAAUCAAAAUCCAAAGCACAUGUAUGGUUCAUGUUUUUUAAGUACCGGUGAUGAAAUUAAGAGAUUUUCUAAGAAUUAAACUGUGUUUUUUUUUUCUCUCUCACUUUUUUUGGUUUGAAUUCAGUUUUUUCCCAUAGU